AUGUAUUGGAAACGAAGAAAUUUACCACCUGGACCAAUUCCCUUAUUGGCAGCAGGAAAUAUCCCGUAUUUGUUGUUCUACAAUUCCAUUGAUGAGAUGUUUUUGAGCUGGAAGCAACGCUAUGGUCCAUUAAUAACAUUUUGGAUAGGUCCAAUUCCACUGGUUAUGGUCACUGAAGUUGAUGUUAUGAAAAAAUAUUUUAUUUUGCAUUCUGAUAUAUUCAGUAAUCGUUGGCGUAAUUUUAUCACUGACACUUUUAUGGGCGGUGCAAAUGGUGUCGUACAAAUUGAUGGUCCUAAAUGGCAAGAGCAAAGACGAUUUUCCUUGCACGUAUUACGAGAUUUUGGAGUUGGACGUUCUCUAAUGGAAGAAAAGAUUGAGUUAGAAGUUCAGUGUUUUAUAGAUUAUUUGCAGCAAAAAUGCAACACUGAAAUAGAUAUUUGUCAGAUGACGGCAGUUUGCGUUGGUAAUAUAAUACACAACAUUCUUUUUGGAAAGCGAUUUCCACAGGGAAGCAAAGAGUUUCACUUUCUACAUUCAGUUCUCGAUAAACAGUCUCGCUUAGUAGUUAACCCGAUUAUGGGAUUGUAUAUUGCAAGUCCGUGGUUUUCCAAAAUUCCAUUAAUCAACGGAAAAUAUCAUGAACUGUUGGAACUCAGGAAAAUACUAUGGACAUAUUUAAGAAAACAAGUUGAAGAACACCGUCAAAAUUACUCAUCACAGAUGGAACUUACUGAUUUUACUUACACAUAUAUGAGGGAAAUGGAAGAGAGAAAAGAACGUGAUGAGCAAGGAUAUUUCAAGUACACUUUUCUCAAUGUUUAUGUGAUCUUAAUCGAAGUUUUUCGCAAUGUUGUUGAGAGUUUUAGUGAGUGGCAAUUAACAAUGCUAUUGUUGGAUCUAUUUUUUGCUGGAAUGGAAACAACUGUAACAACAAUGAAGUGGGGUUUUCUGAUGUCAUUGAUUCAUCAAGAUGUACAAGCAAAGAUUCAAGAAGAACUUGAUCGUUGUGGUGAAAGAAUUCGACUUUCUGAUCAAACUCGGUGUCCUUUUACAGUAGCUACAAUAAAGGAAAUACAACGUAUUGCCAAUAUUUUACCAAUAAAUUUGCUUCGAACAGCUGCUGAAGACAUUAAUAUUGACGGUUAUUAUUACCCAAAAGGUACACUUUGCAUUCCGCAAAUAUCAGUUGUAAUGAACGACCCUCAGUUUUUUAAAGAUCCAACAACGUUUUGCCCAGAUAGAUUUCUUGAAGCAGAUAUGAAAACACCAAAAAGGUACUUUCAAUUCAUUUUCAUUAUUGAAUUCAGGCUCAAUUUUUCCAAGAGUCUAUGA